AUGUUCGCACGCACAAUCGUCUCCGGCCUGCGCCGGCAAGCUCUCCGCCCAGCAACCACCAAGGCUGCCUCAUUCCCCGCCACAGCCUCUCCGUUCCGGCCACAGCCCUUCCUGAGCGCCUUCCAGGCCCGCCUCCUCUCCGACGAGACUCGCUCCGCCAUCGACAAGGCCGUCGCCUCCGCUCCCGUCGUCCUCUUCAUGAAGGGCACCCCAGAGACCCCAGCUUGCGGCUUCUCCCGCGCCGCCAUCCAGAUCCUCGGCCUGCAGGGCGUCGACCCCAACGCCUUCGCCGCCUUCAACGUCCUUGAGGACCCCGAGCUGCGCGCUGGCAUCAAGGAGUACUCUGACUGGCCCACCAUCCCCCAGCUCUACGUCGACAAGGAGUUCGUCGGCGGGUGCGACAUCCUCGUGUCCAUGCACCAGAGCGGUGACCUGGCGAAGCUCUUCGAGGAGAAGAAGGUCGUGGUCCUCGAGGGUGAGGGCGAGGGCGAGAAGCCUUCGCAGUGA